AUGGCGUUGCCUGGGUCACUUAUCCCACAUUCAAACAAACGUCCUCGAUCGCAAACCCCGCCUGUGGCAAGACCUGCUCCUGGUAGUGCCACUGAACGACUAGCCAACCUUCGAGCACUUGAAGAUCGAGAUUCACAAGUUCGGAAUGCUGUCCUAAACGAUCAACAUGUUGAAGAAGCGCCAGUGAUUCCUCACAUCCCCGAGGGAAGCAAUAGCGAUGAUGACAUCCCCAACAAUUUCAUCUAUAAUGACCUUCAGAUGACAGCUGAUAUGAAUGAUGUUGAUCGAGUAGACAAUGGUACUGUAAUUCAUCCUCCAGGAGUUCGAUCGGCAUACUUUAAAGGGGUCACUUAUCGAGAACGGACAUUAAAUGAGGAAGCUCAUUGGAAAGCGGCUAUCCCUGAUAUUUUCAAAGCCUUUAUGAUUUGUUCAUUCAAGACCAAACAAUGGCGAAAUGAAGAGAUGUGGAACCGAGACCUUAACCCUCAGUGCAAUUGCCCAUCUUGGAAAAGAAGUGUGGUCGAGGUUGAUGCGGUCGACCUUACUAGUCGGAAGAAGAUUACACUCGAGACGUGUAAAUGUGUCAGUGACCUCGUUCGAUUAGUGCGAAAAGGGUACAUAGGAGGCACUCCAGUCCGCCCUCAAACUGCGUUUUCAAUACGCCUUCUUGCAUUUCAUCAUGCCAUCUGGAAGUACUGCACUGUUCAAUUGGCUCCUUUUGUAGAAGCCGUCGAUGAGUUUCUAGACGCCGGUAACCCUAUCUUUUUGAUUAAGGGAACCGAACAAAGUUGCAAUUGUCGCAAAAUCUUUUCGGCCGCGGUUGAUGCAUACCGUGAAAUGCUGCGGCUGGAAGAUGAGACUGCUUCAAAAGCUCUUCUUUUGUCACCAAUGGAUAAUCUCGCAACCAAUUGUCCACCAUGUUUUGGACCCAAGGUACCUGGAAAACGGGCUAAUGAGCCCGACUUCAUAGUAUGCCUUGACGGUAACUUUCAGCAUCGCCGACACGAAGGUGCAAGUGCUAGUUGGCGAGGUGAAAGUGGCGUACUUCCUUUGCUUUUUAUCUCACCUGAAUUGAUAAACACAUGGAAAAUCAAAAUGGAACCACCUCCACGUCGAUUGGGCGCAAAAAAAAAGGAAGCUGAUGAGGUAAUCGUGAGUGAUUCCUUUUGA